ACAGGGCCCACAAAAAUAUAAAAAAAAAAAAACAAAAAAAUCUGUAUUCCUCGUUCUCUCUGCCCCUACGCGAAUUUCCCACGUCAAUUCCCCUUCCUCUGCAACUUCUCCAUUAAGCUUUCUUCUUCUUCUUCUUCUUCCCAAUCCUCUUAAAUCCGCCAUUCUCGUAUUCCACUUCAUUCUGCAUCUUCUCUAUUUCAACAAUGGCGUCUCAAGAGAAUCAUUCUAAUGCACGACAAUCAUUAUACCCUAACAUUGAUCAAUACAACCCCGAUUCUUCCUCCCCUUUCAUUUCUAACCCUAACCCUAAUUUUUAUCCCAAUCCGAAUCCUCAAUCUUCUUCGUCUCUUUAUCCUUCCAUUCAUAUGGAAGAUUUCGUCCAAAACCUUUUUCCUGACGGUUACCAUAACCCUAAUUCUACUACAGGAACUCAUUCUGAUCCCGGAACUCCUUCUGCUCCUCCUGAACUUGAAUCUGAACCUGUUCAAGAAACCCUGAUUACUGUUCCUGGUGCUGUUGUCAAUCUUAUUGACCAAAAUUACAGCGUCGAGCUUGCUUUUGGAGAUUUUUCGGUUCUGCGAAUUCGUCAAGGUGAUAAUACCGUCGCUGUUCUGGCUUGUGUUUCCGAUGAGGUUCAAUGGCCGCUGAUUAAAGAAGAGGCGAUUGUCAAAGUUGAUGAUUCACAUUAUUUCUUCUCUUUAUCGGAUUCUAAAGAAGGGGAUGAGGUUUUAAAUUAUGGGUUGACUUUUGCUUCUAAAGGACAAGAGGGUUUGCUUAAGGAAUUGGAUGUGCUUUUUGGGAGUUUUGGGAAUUUUACAGUGCAGAGUGUAUCAGAAAAGAGUAGAGGAGGUUUGGCAGAGGUGGAUGUUUCUGGUGAGAUAUCACCCGAGGAAUUGAAAUCCGAUGAGAAUAAGAGAGUGGCAAUGGAGAGGAGUUGUGGAGCUUAUUGGACCACGUUGGCGCCCAACGUAGAGGAGUAUAGUGGCUCUGCUGCUAAGUGGAUUGCUGCCGGGUCAGGGCAUCUCAUUAAGGGGAUUUUGUGGUGUGGAGAUAUAACUGUGGAUAGGUUGAAGUGGGGUCAUGAGGUGUUGAAGAAGAGGCUUGAUCCUGCUGAGAAAAAGGAGAUUGACAAAAAUACAAUGAAGAGGAUUAAAAGGGUGAAAAGGAUGACAAAAAUGACCAAGCAGGUAGCGACUGGUGUUUUGUCUGGCGUUGUAAAAGUUUCUGGAUUCUUCACUAGUUCAGUGGCUAACUCAAAAGUGGGAAAGAAAUUCUUCAGCCUAUUACCUGGGGAAAUGGUGUUGGCAUCACUGGAUGGAUUCAAUAGAAUCUGUGAUGCUGUUGAAGUAGCUGGAAAGAAUGUCAUGUCGACAACAUCUACUGUGACUACUGGACUAGUGACACAUAAUUGGCUGUUGCUUGUGAAGAGUGCAGGCUAUUGGUGGCAGGUAUGUAUAAGUUUAUCGGGGGGAAUCUGAUAAUGGCUUUGAUCUUUGUGGUCCAGGAUAAGGCUAGUUUUUGAAUACCUAUAACUGAUAUAGUUAAUUAUAGACAAGAAACAAAAGUAUAGACUCUACACAGACCCCUUCUCUACCUCAUUUGCUUCCACCAAUUAAAAGGUUAAAUAAAGAGAGGAAGAUCAUGAGUAAGAAAGCUAACUGUUGGUUGGGAUUGUGACUGUCUCCUGUCUUGGUCUUAUCUGGAAUGACAUAAUUAGGAGAAUCUGUUCACCUUUCAAGGAUUUAGUCUUGUUCUUUUGAUUUUAGAUACUUUUCCUUUGCUUAAUGGUUGUCACAUCCGCAAUUAGGAUGUCUGGAAAAACUGUUACAUUUCUUAAAACAGAUUGGUUUUUGAUGUGCUUUUCCUAAGUACCGUGAUUAAUUUUGAAUAAUGAGUAGAAUGUGAAUCCAUGACUAUUUUAGAGGUCAUUUAAUGAAUCUUUGUUGUUUCUUUAAUUAUAAGGAGUUGAGAUAUUGUGACUGUGAGUAAUAAUUUUGGACAGAGGGAGUUUAGCCUAGGAAGUAGGAAUCAAGAGGAAAAAUUGUAAGCUGAUACAGUGGUGCCUUUUUUGUU